CGGCGGCGGCGGCGAUAAAGCAAGUGGUGUUGGAGCCAUGGGCGAAUUAGCUCAGGUUCGCGAAUUUAAACCGGCGGAUGAAGAGAUAAUCCGUGAGUAUCUGAUGAGGAAAAUCAACGAUGAGGCGUUUCACACCGACAUUAUCAAUACAGUUCAAUUCUAUGCUUCCGAUCCAGAUAAUCUUUCUCAAAGGCAUAGCGCAGGUGGAGACAGAGUGUGGUUUUACUUCACAAAGAGAAAUAGAAGGUAUAGCCAUGCUGAUGUGGCGGACAGGAGAGCAGGGGAUGGAUAUUCGAAGGUUAUUGGUGCUCUCAAACGUAUCACGCCUAACGGAGAAAGAAUUGGGUCGCGCAGGCUGUUCGUCUACUUCACAGGGAAAAGUCCAGAUUCUGUUCAGACUGAUUGGCUGAUGCAAGAAUUCGCAGCGACAGAAAACCACGCAAGGAUGGGUGAUUGGGUUGUGUGUAAGAUGUAUAAGACAACCAGGAAAGGCGGCGGCUCUAGUUUGAUUCGUGAUGCAGUGAACCAUGUUGGAGAGGCGAACAACAACCCGGCCUAUGCUGAAAUUGAUGAAACAUGAAGGGUUGGUGUUUCUUUAUAAGAACAGUCAUUGAGAUGAAAACUUAUUCAGAUCACUUUUUAGGUGAAGGACACGCAGUGAAUCAGUUGUGUAAUGAAAGGCUUAUUAAUUUUUGUAGUGCUAAUUCUUGCUCAUAAUGACAUACUAGUAUUUGUUUUUCAUUUUUUGUUCGUAAAGAUUGAUUGAGGUGUUUCACAGAACCAUUAAAAUUAUGAUCAUAAUUCUAAUAAUCAGAGACUA